AUGGAAAGAUUUCUCCACUGCAGCAGCACUCGAGAAGAUCUGGCAGUCAUGUGCAACUUGAGAAACUUGCAAACACUUCAGGUUAUGAAGAUUUCCAGUGGAUUUGCUGAGCAAGAGGCUUGCAUUCCCCACUUGCCUAAACAAGUUGUGCUUGUGAAACUGCAGCCUCGCUCGAGAAGAUCUGGCAACGAUUGGUUCGUUGCCACAUCUACAAACGCCUCUGCUUUUCGAGUUCUUGAAAAGCUAGUUGCUCGAGAUCUUUGGCAGUUGCAAGAGAUCCCUUCGGGUAUUGGAGAGAUAAACACGCUCAAACUCAUUCAUUUGCAUCACUGCUCUGAAUCUCUGGCUAUUUCAACGGCAGGACAACAUCGUUUGGUUAGAAACGUGACAAACGUCCCCUUCCAACCCAUCCACAAUCGUCGCCGCUAGUUCCUCAAGAUCCUCGCCCUCAUGCCUCUCUCCUUCUCCGUCAUCUGCGGCAACACCUCCCUCCGAUACCUCCCCAUCUCGUUCAACCAGGCCAUCAGUGCCACUACCCCCUUCUUCACCGCUAUCUUCGCCUUCCUCAUCACCUGCAAAACCGAGUCCACCGAGGUCUACGCCGACCUUGUCCCCAUCGUCCUCGCCAGCAACAACGAACCCCUUUUCCACCUCUUCAGCUUCCUCAUGUGUGUCGGCUCCAUCGCUGGCCGUGCCCUCAAAUCCAUCGUCCAAGGCCUCCUCCUUACCUCCAAAGUAGAGAAGCUCCACUCAAUGAAUCUAUUACUCUACAUGGCGUCCAUGGCCGCCGUGAUUUUGAUGCCCUUCACAUUAUACAUAGAGGGAAAUGUGCUCGUGAUCACGGUCGAGAAAAGUAGGGUUGAUGGAUUCAUGGUGUUUCGCUUAAUGGUGAAUCCCACAGUGGCAUAUUUGGUUAACCUCAUAAAUUUCCUAGUGACGAAGCAUACCAGCGCGUUGACGCUACAGGUGCUCGGCAAUGCCAAGGUUGUCGUUGCCGCCGUCGUGUCGGUGCUCAUAUUUAGGAAUUCAGUGAUGGUGAUGGGGAUGAUGGGAUAUUUUAUGACAAUUUUCUUUAUAAUGAUUGUGAAAUAUAAUUUGAGAGAUACGAUAAGGUAG